GGAACAGGAGAUGGCCGUGGACCCAGUCUCCAGUAGGACUGCAGGGAACAUAUCGUCACAACUCCAUGUUGCAGCCAGGGCUUGUGUCCUCAGCUCUGCCUCUCGGAUGUGAUGGCCACCGUAGACCUUUCGUGGCGUCUGCCCCUCUACAUCCUCCUCUUGCUCCUGGCUACAACUUGGGUGUCUGCAGCAGUGAACGACUGUUCCCAUCUUAAGUGCUUCUACAACUCAAGAGCCAAUGUCUCCUGCAUGUGGAGCCCUGAAGAGGCCCUGAACGUCACAUCCUGUCACAUCCAUGCCAAGUCGGACAUGCGACACUGGAAUAAAACCUGUGAGCUAACCCCUGUGAGGCAGGCAUCCUGGGCCUGCAACCUGAUUCUCGGGCCCCUCCCAGAUUCCCAGUCACUGACCUCCGUAGACCUCCUCAGCCUAAGUGUGGUGUGCUGGGAAGAGAAGGGGUGGCGUAGGGUGAAGACCUGCAACUUCCAUCCCUUUGACAACCUUCGCCUGAUUGCCCCUCAUUCCCUACAAGUCCUGCACAUUGAAACCCGGAGAUGUAACAUAAGCUGGGAGGUGUCCCAGGUCUCUCACUACGUUAAUCCAUACUUGGAAUUUGAGGCCCGUAGACGUCUUCUGGACCGUAGCUGGGAGGAUGCAUCCGUAUUCAGCCUCAAGCAGAGGCAGCAGUGGAUCUUCUUGGAGACGCUGACCCCUGACACCUCAUAUGAGCUCCAGGUGAGGGUCAUAGCUCAACGAGGCAAAACCAGGACCUGGAGCCCCUGGAGCCAGCCCGUGGCCUUUCGGACAAGGCCAGCAGAUCCUAAGGAGAUCUUCCCCCUGCCAUGGCUCAGAUGCCUUCUACUGGUCCUCGGCUGCUUCUUUGGCUUCUUGUCCUGCGUCUGCGUUUUGGUCAAGUGCCGCUACCUUGGGCCAUGGCUGAAGACACUUCUCAAGUGCCACAUCCCAGAUCCGUCUGAGUUCUUCUCCCAACUGAGCUCCCAGCAUGGGGGAGACCUUCAGAAAUGGCUCUCCUCGCCUGUCCCCCAAUCCUUCUUCAGCCCCACUGGCUCUGCACCUGAGAUCUCCCCACUGGAAGUGCUUGACAGAGAUUCCAAGACCAUGCAGAUGCUCCUGUUUCAGAAGGAGAAGGCCUCUUCACCCUCGCCCAGUGGCCACUCACAGGCCAGCUGCUUCACCAACCAAGGUUACUUCUUCUUCCAUUUGUCCAAUGCCUUGGAGAUCGAGUCCUGCCAGGUGUACUUCACCUAUGACCCCUGCAUGGAGGAGGAUGUGGAGGAAGAUGGGCCAAGGCUGCCCGAGGAAUCUCCCCUCCCACCUCUGCUGCCUUUCACUGGAGAACAGGAUGACUACUGUGCCUUCCCGCCCAGGGAUGACCUGCUGCUCUUCUCCCCAAGCCUGAGCACCCCCAACACUGCCUAUGGGAACAGCAUAACCCCGGAAGAAAGGCCUCCCCUCUCCCUGCAGGAGGGGCUGCCCUCCCUAACAUCCCCUGACCUGAUGGGCUUACAGCACCCUCUGGAGCUGGUGCUGGGAGAUGACGGAGAAGGGAUGUCUACCAAUAGCUCUGGGCAACAGGCCAGUGUCCCGGAAGGCAGCUCUCAUGGGCACGACCAGGACAGAGGCCAGGGCCCUGUCCUGACUCUAAACACUGAUGCCUAUCUGUCUCUUCAAGAACUACAGGCCCAAGAUUCAGCCCACCUAAUAUAGGACGGGUGACCAGGACUGGGAUCUAGCUACCUGAGGUCAGGUCAGGCUUGAGGGAGAUUGCUUAAGGAGUCUCUUGAGGACAGUCCACUAUUAAGGGAUGUCUCUGGUUAUCCCCACCCGCAAACUUAGUCAUCCACUUCUGACCUCCACUUGAUGCUUCCUGGUCUAACCAGGGUUUGGGGUGGGGAGCAGUGGUCAGUUCCACCGCUCUAUUUAGUCAUGAGGUCUAUAGCUUCCUGUACCUGCCUCACUCUCUCGUGCUGACCUUCACAGGGCAGCCAGAACUUGCUUCCCAAAUACAAAUGCAACCUUGCUCUCUUCUAUUCCUGAGCUUGCUGUGGCUCCCUACCACUCUCUGCCCCAUUUCUGGUCCCAACUCUUGCCCCGUCAGCACUGCUGUGGGUCAGCUGUCCUCAGGAUGUGAUCUGGCUGUACACUGUCUUAAUCAGGGCGGCUUUGACAAGCCAAACGAAGAGAUCCUGAUAAGACUGGGUGCAACCUGUUGACGGUUGAGGGUCCCUCAUAGAAGGAGGGGAUGGGAAGGAUCAUAAAUCCACCACCUGAGAUCUUAGCCACUUUCCUGCACCCACCCCCAACUAUGUGUAACUCUGCCCCUGGUGCAUGCAUUAUUUUAUGUGUUCUUGGAAGAUGCUGGUAUAUGUAGAGGGGAUGAAUUGAAGUGAGGGUUCCAUCUAUGUUGCUUUGGGGACCUUGUCGUCUACUCUGGGGCGGGGUUUUCUGUGAAGCAGCUUCUUUGGGAUUUAUUCGCCUGUCAGUAAGCCUGACAGACUCAGAGGUUCACCAAGCUGGACUUGAGUGUACUUGUGCCUUUGAUGUCGUAUCUGGGAGAAGUACUUACUUGUUAAUGUAUCCUCAAAGCCAAGAAAAGCUUACAGGACAA